GCUGCUGUGGCGGUAAACAUCACCCGGGCAGCAGCAGCAGGUCAGCUGACCGGUCACACGCAUCUCGUGGCGUCAGGCGGGCACCGCCCCUCCGGAGUCACGUGACGGGCACGGCGGGUGGAGCUGGUCGGUAGUUACGGAGGGUCCGGCCCGGUGGGAGAACAUGAGUUUUCUAAGUGGUUUGUUUGGUCCGAUUUGUGAGGUUGAAGUUAUACUCAAUGAUGCAGAAACCAGGAAGGUAUCGGAGAUUAAAACUGAAGAAGGUAACAUUGAAAAACAUUUCUUGUUCUACGAUGGAGAAUCGGUAGCUGGAAAGGUCAACAUUGUUUUCAAGCAGCCUGGUAAAAGACUAGAACAUCAAGGAAUUCGAAUUGAGUUUGUGGGACAAAUUGAACUUUUCAAUGACAAAAGCAAUACACACGAGUUUGUAAACCUGGUGAAAGAAUUGGCUCUACCUGGGGAAUUGACACAAAGCAGAAAUUAUGACUUUGAAUUCAUGCAAGUUGAGAAACCUUACGAAUCCUACAUAGGUUCAAACGUUCGAUUGAGGUACUUCCUCAAAGUGACGAUAGUGAGGCGCCUGACAGACUUGGUAAAGGAGUAUGACUUACUAGUUCACCAACUUGCCACAUAUCCAGAUGUCAACAACUCCAUCAAAAUGGAAGUUGGAAUAGAGGACUGUUUGCACAUAGAAUUUGAAUAUAAUAAAUCUAAGUACCACUUAAAAGAUGUUAUUGUUGGGAAAAUUUACUUCCUGUUGGUUAGAAUAAAAAUCCAGCACAUGGAAUUACAGUUGAUAAAAAAGGAAAUUACUGGAAUAGGACCUAGUACUACAACUGAGACCGAAACGGUUGCAAAAUAUGAAAUUAUGGAUGGGGCCCCAGUAAAAGGAGAAUCUAUUCCCAUCCGGCUGUUCCUUGCUGGAUAUGACCCAACACCCACAAUGAGGGAUGUGAAUAAAAAGUUUUCUGUGAGGUAUUUCUUGAACUUAGUCCUGGUCGAUGAAGAAGACAGAAGAUAUUUCAAGCAACAGGAAAUAAUUUUGUGGAGAAAAGCACCUGAGAAGAUAAGGAAAAGAACAAAUUUUCACCAACGCUAUGAGUCUCCAGAUCCCCAAGCAUCAGCCGAGCAGCCUGAGACUUAGGAGUUUGUUCCACGCAAAAAGAUGAAGGACAGAAUCAGAUAGGAAAAGGCCAAACUUCCCUCCAGAUAGUCUUCCUUCAUCUGACACUGCUGUUCAUUGUACCACACUUAACAUUCUGCGGGUCUGUAUGUAAUUCCACUUGUACAUAUAUAAAUACCAAGUGCUUUUGCUGAAACACUGGACCUUUCUCAGACUAGCAUUUUAUAUAACUCAUUUAAUUUUUAAUUUUGGGAUUCUGCAUUGGAACAUGCGUCAAGCUUAAAACAAAUGUCUCCCUUUAUUUUCAUGCAUGUACGCUGCUGUAAAUUACAAAGAGAGCCUUACUCUUAGUGUUUUUUAUAUGCACUAUAUUGCAUUGUUCAUCUUGCUAGAAUUCUGUUUAUAUUUGUUUUGGACAGGCAGGUCUCCAGUUACUGUGAAUCAUCCCAAAAUUCGUAGGAUUCACUUUGGAAAUGAAGGCUUUAUUAAACAUUUUGAAGACA